GUGCCCCCAUAGGUAUCCUGUAGAAUCUCAACAAUAACUCUGUUUGAAAAUCCAAUAAUCUCUCGAAAUAAAAUUAUUAUGAUUAAGGAAAGUAUUUCGAGCUUUAAUUGUGCUAAUGCAACUUGAAUCAUUCAAGUGAAGGUUGUUUCAUGCGGUUAAUUGUGAAUCAAUAAAAGUAUGUAUCAAAUACCUAGUUUUAUCAGCCAAGUUUAAAACGUGACAGCAGCCAAAUAAGAUUUGGAAAUAUUUCAAACUAUGCGCUUAAGAAAAAUACAAUUCAAAAUAUUCAUGAAUAAGAAAAUUUAGAUGAAAUAUGCCGAUACCAAACAUCAAAGACAAAUAUUACCUUACCUAUGGGAUAUUCUUUCUGUUGGGAAUUCUUACAUUUAUUCCCAAUUAUUUUGUCAUAACAGCCAAUAGGUACUGGAUGUUCAAGUUCCGUUAUAUGGGUGCCAGGCCAGAACCCAGUGAACCCGAUGCGGAUCAUCUAGGACCAGGACCACCAGAAGAUCGGAAUGUAUUGCAAACCCUUUUUCCUUCAUCUUAUUAUAUAGUAUCUCAAUUGUCGCUGCUUAUAUUUAUAGUUUUAACAGCGGCUUAUUCAAAAAAAUUACCGGCACCCGAUAAAAGAAUUUUUGCGGCCCUACUUUGUACACUGUUUUUCUAUGUGGUCAAUUUGAUCUUUUGUGAUUUGACUACUGAUACUUUUCAAACAAUAUUUUUCUUCAUAUUGAUGUGUAUUGCAUGUUUUCUUGGGGUUUGUGGAGCUGUAAUUAUAGUGAGCUUGGUAGAAAUGGUACGAAAAUUUCCUCCAGAAUACUACACUGCUGUGUUAUCAGGCCAACCAUUAUGUGCAGCUAUAUCUGCUCUUAUACAAAUUAUUACCACCGCCGUUACUAAAAAACCCCAUGCUGGAGGAUUAGUAUUUUUUAUAAUUGGUACACUUCUAGUGCUAGUUACCAUAGCGAUUUAUUUCUUUUCAAAAAGAAACUCGCAAUAUUCCAUUUACCAAAUAGAAAACGAUGCAGCACCUGAGAGUUUAGCAGAUCACCGCAGGUUGUUGCUAGUUGUAUGGGCGAAAACAAAAGAGACUAAUAAAAAAGUCAAAAUGUACAUGGCAGCCUUGGUAAUCACUAUAGGUACUAGUGCUAUAGUAUAUCCAGGAUUUGCCGCUUUGGUGGUUGCUGAUAAAAGUAAUGGAAGAUCUUGGGGCGCAUGGCCAGAUAUGUAUUUUGUUCCUAUGAUAACAUUCUUAAUGGCAAGCAUCUUUGAUAUUUGUGGACGUUUUUUAGCAUCAAAGAUUCAAAAAUCUAACAAUCAGAUUGUUCUGGCAGCAGCAAUAUUACGGAUUGGAUUCAUUCCUCUAUUGAUGCUUUGCAAUGCUCAACCCAGGCUCCAUCUGCCAGUGAUAUUCUAUGACAUACCUUAUAUGGUUUUUAUCAGUAUGUUUUGUUUCUCCAAUGGGUUUUUGAUUAAUAUUUGCAUCACUCUGAUACCAGCAAAUGCCACUGAUGAGGAGGAAAAAACUUCAGUGACGAUAUUGGCAGUAAUGUCAGCAGUAAUGUCCGCAGCUGUCUUUUCAUUUAUAAGCUUAUUGCUAAUUUAUUUAAUUUAGAAAAAGAGUCUCACCAACUAGCAUAACUAAUUCUAUAAGGCCUUUAUCACUAAAUUUGUAUUAUAUUUUCUUGUGAAUAUUUUAUAAAAUAAUUUCGAUAAUCUAUUAGUGAGUGUAUUAUUAAUAAAAAGUAAAACUAACCUUCAACUUUAUCUACAGCGAUUGGUACAGGAACAUUAGUACAAUUGACACUACAAUCGUUAGGCUCUUUAAGAGGUCCUGUCAGAUACAUCUGGCACUGUACACAAUCUCUAAAUUCCAAGCAUCUGUCAGGGCAAGUAGGGCACUUUUCACAAAAUUUGCCCGAAUAUCGACUCUCCUUAGUAUUUUCACAUUGGCAUUGCCCACAAACACAAGAACCAUGCCCAGAGCAAAUUUCUCCUCCUAUAACAUCGGGGGGAUAACAUCCUGCUUCAGAUUCUUCACAAGCACAAUUUGGCCCAGACCAUCCUGGCUUGCAUCUACAGGUACCACAGUCGCAAGUGCCAUGGGUUUCUCCGCUGCAUAAUUCUCCCAUGUGACGUUCGCAGCUGAAAUUGUCGCAUUCGCAAUGGUCACCAUAAAUCCGCU